UACUUUUCUUGGAAGCUUCAUAUACAAGAGAUCCACUGUGCCCCCUCCCCGCGCGCGCUGCUGUCUGCAUCCAACACACAUACCCAUCCCGUGCGCCGAGUCCUUGCCUCCCGUCAGAGCUUCCGUCUUCCAAAGGAGAUGUUUUUUUUCUUUACGCGCCUGCCGACCAGAUGCAGACACAUUUUGGCGCGCAUUCUGAGUUUUUAAAGUAGUCCUUCACGAUUUUUGUCAUCAUACUGAUGUUUGUGACUUCUGCGCGCUCCACCCCGCCUGCCGGAGCGGAGGAGCGCUGUGGACCAGAGAGGCGCACGAGGAGAGGAGAGCAAGCUGAUGUUAGCGGCUGUGGCGAGGUUCAGUCUGCCAGUUCAAACACGAACAGCAAAGACUAACUCAGCAAAUGAACUGCAUUUACGGAGAUCUGUUUUUUUGUUUUGUUUAAGAUAUCCUGCAGUCAGUCACUCGCUUUUUAUCUAGACUUUUUUUGUUUUUAUAAGUUUAUUUGUAUAAACGAUGUUUAUAGAAAAAAAUGUUUGACCUAACGAAGGUCAAUUUGUACUUUCACUACGCCAAAGUGAUUUCAGGACGUUAGCGGGUUACUUUUCGUAGUUUGCUCGGUGUUAAUGCAUACGUAGUCACUUCUCUGCACCCCUCUGAUUGCUUCUUACACCUGACUCUUGGCAAUGGUCACUGGAGGUCACGUUUCAGCGCGACGCACUUAUCCAACUAUUGUGCAUUUCGUCUUUUGCGACCGUGAUUUCAUUAACGGAUAGGCACUUUUGAAACUUUACCAAAUAACUGAGAGUCUAAAAAGUACAGCUAGCAAGGGCUUACCGGUUGUUAGUACACUUUAAAGCAAAAAAAAAAAAGAAAAAAAAAAAAAAAGAAGUAUGACUUUGUCAGAACUGAGCUCUGCGCUCCUGGUGGUCCAUUAAAAGGUGUCAAAUCAUUCAUUUUGAGAAUGUUAGGAAGUCCUUCCAACAACGGCGGCAUCAGAAUGCUCGUGCCCCCAGCUGCGAACGACGACAGGCGGGUAGAGUUUGUGGCUCUGACCGCCGUCCACACGGAGAGAAGCGAGCCGUCCACUCCGGAGCGCGGACACCCGUCUCACCGCACAGGUCUGCUGGGCACCCCGCUGCCCGGACCACCCGGACCCCGAGCCAACGCGUCCGCUGCAAGUAAGCGCUACAGAAAGUUGCAAAAUUGCCUAUACAACGUACUAGAGAGACCAAGAGGAUGGGCUUUCAUCUAUCACGCAUUCAUUUUUUUGCUGGUGUUCAGCUGCUUGGUAUUGUCUGUCUUCUCCACCAUCCCCGACCACCAGAAGAUGGCCAACCAAGGCCUCUUUAUCUUGGAGUUUGUCAUGAUUGUGGUUUUUGGGAUGGAGUACUUCAUCAGGAUCUGGGCAGCAGGCUGUUGUUGCAGAUACCGUGGAUGGCAAGGGCGUCUGAGAUUUGCCAGGAAGCCCUUCUGUGUUAUAGACUUCAUAGUGUUUGUGGCAUCGCUGGCGGUGAUUGCUGCAGGGACUCAGGGCAACAUCUUUGCCACAUCUGCCCUGCGCAGCAUGCGUUUCCUGCAGAUCUUGCGUAUGGUCCGUAUGGACCGACGGGGAGGCACCUGGAAACUACUGGGCUCAGUAGUUUAUGCUCACAGUAAGGAGCUGAUUACAGCCUGGUAUAUAGGUUUCUUGGUCCUCAUUUUCGCCUCGUUCCUAGUCUACCUGGCUGAGAAAGACAACAACUCUGAUUUCGGCACCUAUGCAGACUCCCUCUGGUGGGGAACUAUAACUUUGACCACUAUUGGCUAUGGUGACAAGACCCCUCGAACGUGGCAAGGGCGACUCCUUGCUGCUGGCUUUGCUCUUCUGGGAGUAUCCUUCUUUGCCUUGCCUGCUGGAAUUUUAGGUUCAGGCUUUGCCUUGAAGGUUCAAGAACAGCACAGACAGAAGCACUUUGAGAAGAGGAGGAUGCCUGCUGCCAAUCUCAUACAGGCUGCAUGGCGCCUCUAUUCCACCGAUGCCAAACACUCCUAUCUAACAGCUACAUGGUACUUCUAUGACAGCAUGCUGCCUUCAUUCAGAGAACUGACGCUACUGUUCAGUCACCUCCAGCGACAACGUAACACCAAGAAGGUUCUCCAGAACUCCUACCACACGCUGCUGUCUGGGCUGCGGCCCUACAGCUCCCCCUACCUGUCGAGGGACAGCAGUAAAAUGGGCUUCCGCGAUCGAAUCAGGAUGAACAAUUCCCGUUCAUCCCAAACCAUUCGGAAUAAGGCGUCACCACUACCGCCUGGCUCCAGUGUCCGCCGCUCUCCCAGCCAGGAGAAUGUCCCUGAAGCUACCAGUCCUGGAAAGGUCCAAAAGAGCUGGAGUUUUAAUGACCGCACACGCUUUCGCACCUCUCUUCGCCUCAAACCUCGUCCCCCUGUGGACGUGGAGGGUGUUGGAGAGGACAGCGUGGAAGACAGACCAUACUGUGACGUGACCAUGGAGGAGGUGAUUCCAGCAGUGAAGACACUUAUAAGAGCUGUCAGGAUCCUGAAAUUCUUGGUGGCGAAGAGGAAGUUUAAAGAAACACUGCGUCCAUAUGAUGUGAAAGAUGUCAUAGAGCAGUAUUCUGCAGGACACCUGGAUAUGCUGGGCCGCAUCAAGAGCCUGCAGAUGAGGGUGGACCAGAUAAUUGGUAGAGGAGCUGUUCCGCCUGAUAAGAAAGCACGCUCUGAAAAGGGGGAGAAGACCCCACCAGAACUGGACCCACUGGAUGAGCUAAGCAUGAUGGGACGUGUAGUUAAAGUGGAGAAACAGGUACAGUCCAUAGAGAACAAGCUGGACCUUCUGCUCAACUUCUACUCCCAGUGCCUAAAGAAAGGUUCAUCCCAUGUCACCCUGUCCUCUCUCCUGGAUCCCGACCUGACAUCUGACUAUCACAGCCCCACGGACCAAAGAGACCUCUUCCCCUCGGCUAACACACUCAACAUCUCCCAGUCUGACAGCGGCAACUUGGAAUGACAAUGAGAUGACUGUUCAAACACAGACACAAACCCUUUACAGUACGUCUUCCUUAGGCUGAGUCCUCACUCUGAGCAGCCCAGCUUAACCGUCUUCACCUCACUUCAGAUUUGUCUGCUAUGAUUGCCCCUCCCCAUCUCAAAUUUGCAUCCUCAGCCCUUUUCUCGGAGUGAAUGUUUUCAGAGCUGAGACAGAAGCCACUAGAUGGCUCCACCAGACUAGGAGUCUCAGCCAAAGCUGCUCACCGCACACGCCUCUCGACUCACUGGAUGAGGAUGGAGAAAGGACACAUGAUCAAAUAGUACUUGACUAGUGACCCACUCUCACCCACUCACCUCAUGCUAUUUAUCUAUACCUACUUUAAAACUUCAACUGUAGAUAAUCAGACUACAAGAAGAGUCUUUACUCUUUCUUGGCCACUUUAAUCAACUCACUGAGUUUUCUAACUCAGCUGAUGUGCCAGUCAUUUCUUCAGUACUUUGCCAUUCAUACAUUGGGAUGCCAUUGCAGUAUUUAUUGCUUUGAUGACUGCAAUGGGUCUAUUCUGCAACGUCGCAAUGACUGAUAAGCACAGACGGAACCAUCGACACAGAAAGAAGGUGCUCUCUUUGACCUGGAUCGGCAGACUCAGCUGGCAGCCAAUACGGUACACAGUUCCACCCAUACAAGGGAAUUUUGACCGUGUAAAUCCUGCUUUCGUUGCUCAGACUCAGAGGAAUGUGUUGGAGUGAAUGGUGCAUACUGUAUAUUGUUUGUUUUGAUUUCCACCCCUUUCUUAGAAGUCUGGUCUCCAACAAGCCCACUUGCAAAAAACUCAUUGUUUUCUGUUUGGCUGGUUUUAAGGGAGAAAUGUUCAGAUUAAUUUAGGAUUUAGUAAAGACAAAACAUUCUGUCAUAGGUCCGAAAUCCCUCUUUUGCAGUGUUUCAAAGGCUAUUGUGCAACUCAGAGAAUUUCAAUGGCCUAAAUUGAUGGGUUUUUUUUUUAACAUCUUGUUUAAAUCUGCUUGUCUUGCAGCCCACACUCCUGCCAUGCAUGCUCACCAGCCCUUUAGAUGAAACCCCAGAUCCUCGAUCAGAUUUGAGGCAUGAAUUCUGCACUGCUUCUCAUCACUCACACCUGGCCUCGAGUCAGGUUUACCAUUUCAGCUGCUUCAGAUUGCUGCUAAUGUGUCACAACCCCUUUGGCAUGAGGAUAGUUCUCACUUCUUGUUUUCAGAUGUCCAGUGCACGUGCAGAAACUUUAUGGUCAGUUUGAAGUAGUUUUGAACAAUAAAUAAUACGUAAAACGCAUCCAGGUCAAAUGCAUGAAUCCCAGAUCCUAAUCCUCAUGGACGUGAAUGAGUCUUCAAAACUUACAGCGUCAAGGUGUGCAGCAUCCCCAAAGGUGUUGCAGAAGUUCUCCUCUUCUUUCUACUAAUGUUUCAAUCUUAGGAAUGUCGGCUCACUAAAUGUUUUGCCGUUGGAAAAAACUGGAGGGUGCACAAAUGCACACAUGCAGACACAUUUAUUAACAAAAGCAAUUCCUUUACUUAAAUACUUUGACAUUUGAUAAAUAUAGAACUUUUUUUUCGUGUUUAAUUCUUUUUUGUCAUUGUGUUGGUGAACUUGAUUUUAUUGAAUUUCAUGUAACCUAAAACUGAGGAGGAUGUUUUUUUUUUUAUGAUUCUGGUUAAACAGAAUUUAGAAUUUAAGUUAAUAUAUUCAAUUUAGUAUGAAAUGAUCUUUAGAUAAAUGUGGCAUUUUUAACAAAUGAAAUCAUCACGACUGUAACCACAGACAGCUGAUCAGUUUUACACACUUGCAGAGCUCAGAUGUGUGUUUUUUUUAAAACGUCUCCACAUAAUUGGUGACAGGGCUUCAGCCAAGAAAGCAUUCAUCAUGCUGUUUUUGGCCAGUGAGAGUAUCUUCUGUCCCAUUAAAGCCAGUUAACUCAGGUGCUUCACUUUUCUAUUUAAGCGAGGCUAUUUAACAAUGAACGCACUUCAUUGCUCUGUCUGUUUAGAUCUGUUUAUGAUUGGGUGGCUCCUGCUGCCACAAGGAGUAAAUUGGCUUUUACAGUAAGAACUUUUUUAUUGCUACCAUUUAAAUCUUGUGUUAAUUUUAAGGAGAACUGUGCGGUAGAUUUAUUCUUUGGGCUGGAUUAUUAGAGGCGUAGUUAAACUGAACAGCGCUGUUGUUUCAUUGUCACCUGGAAUGUUGAGCUUUAUAAAAAAUAUAUGUGAGAUCAGUGUAUUGCAUGUUGUUGUUUCAUGGUGGACCCAGUAUUAGAGGAAAAGAAAAAAAAGACAAAAAGAAAAACACAAGGUUGUCUACUGUAAAGUUAGACAUAAAAAGCAAAUGACCUGUGCCUUCUUUGCCCUCGUUCUGUACAUGAUAGGGUGCAGCUUUAUAUCUCUAACUUAUACCUGCUUGGAUAACAAAUGUUUCUUAAAAAUAUCACGAGAAUGCUUUUUUAAUUUUUUUCGCAAAACCUUUAACAAAGAAACACCUUGAGAAUUAUUGUAACGAUUUAAUCUUUUACAGCUGCUGUAAACUUUCAUAUUUUUUGAGAAUAUUACUGUAUGUUCAGCAUAUCAUCAUACCUCUACCAGGUCCUCCUAACAUAGACACCAAUACUGUAUCUUAACACCCAUCAUAUUUGGAGGUUGGAGGCAUGGACAUUUGUAUCAUCACAGGCAUGUGUACUUUCAUAAGCAUGAAACAGAUCUGAAUAGCUUCCACACAACUACCUCUGAGGCUACUAGGAGGCGCUAGGAAGCUGAUUAGCAGAAACAGAAACUGACUGAAUGCGAUGCAUGACUCAAUCUGCACGUUCUCGUUUCUCUAUGAAAUGUCCUUCCAUCCGUUCAUCGUUCACUGACUUGCUGCCAUUUGACAUUCCAGCUCAUUGUUGUUUAGCUGCUCUUUUAGGUGUUGGAACUGUUGCUAACGAAUAAACAUGAACCGAUCAAGCAAUAAGCAAAAUGCUGACUCAACACAAAGUCUUCCAAUUCCAGUUGAUGAGCUCUAUAUAAUAUGCCACCGUUUGUUUGUUUAAUCAAAUGUAUUUGAUCUUACAAAAAGGUACAAAAUGUCUUUCUGCUGAGGAUAAAAUUAGAUCACGUGACUAACUUAUUAAUUUAUUUGUUUCAAUAAAGCUCUUUGGACUGUA